AUGAAGGUAGCCAGGGGCCUCGUCCCAACGGAGGGGGGCGCGCCUGGCGGGGCGGGCGCAGGGCAGCAGAGGAAGGGCGCGCGCAUUCUGGCGGCUGAGACCUUCGCUCACCACGCCCCUCUGCCUGACUACCUCGACCACAUCCCCCGCCGCCAGGCCCUCGCCACCUGUACGCGCAAAUGCUACCCCUUCCCCUCAUUCCCUACCUGCUUUGGCAUUGCUGCUCCCCUUUUUCCCACCACUCCUGUUUCGUGCGGGCGCACAACAGUGACGAUCCCCUCGCAGUACCUGGGGCCGUACGACCUGCACAACGACAUCUACAACAUGACUUUCUACAACGGCUGCGCCUACAACGUCACCAGCCCGCUGCGCGUAUUUUAUUGCUUCAACUUCGGCAACGUGUGGGAGGGCAUCCUCGACAACCCCGAUCCCAACCCCUCGCAGUACCAGCAAGGCGAAAUCUUCGUGCAGACCACGCCGGGGUACUGUGAGAUGUGCAUGAACCGUGGUGCUAGCGGCACUCUGCAGAUGCUCCCCGGGGAGACGGUGAACAUUGUGUAUGCGUACACGUGGGACUUCCGGCCCUGCGUGCAGGAGCUGCGCUUCGGCAACGGCAACAGCUACUCCAUGACCAACACCACCGAGUGCCAGCUCGCCCAGGCCAGACCUGCUAAGGUCAAUGCCGGCCUCCUUGGCCAUCUUAUCGAGCCCCUUCCACUCGAGUGUCUUGAUCGCCUUGGUGCUGAGCUUGAGGCGCACGUACCGCUGCCCCUCCUCCCACCACACGCGCUUGUACUGCAGGUUCGGCUGCUGCACCUUCUUCGUGCGGUGGUUUGA